ACUUCAUACGGAAGACAUUCCCCACGUUCUACAAUGCUGUUGCUAAAGGCCAUACUCGUCGUUUUAAGCACGGCAAUUGAAUACAAGUCGGCUUCAUCAGCCAAGGAAACGGAAGAUACAACACUGCCUCCGGGGGCUUUAAUAAACUCCCGGGAUUCAGAUAACUGCAGAAGUCAACAUUUACCCUAUUUUAAUGAGGAAACAAGCGCGUUGAUUGGUUUUCUUGCUGUGAGUUGUAACAAACCGUGCAGAAAAGGAAAAUCAAAACCUGAAGUUGAUGGAAUCAAAUGCAUCGCGACGUGGAGUUCGUUGGGCAGUUCAACAAUUACAGUCCUGGUGGGGUCAUGUAACAAAGGACGUUGCAACCCUGGUGAUCCCUCUGAGUGCCGUAAUAUUACGCUAGUUGGAGGGGACACUCAAGAAGAGGAAGAAAAAAUCGAAGACGAAUACUACGAGGAAGAUUACAUCGACGACGAAUAUGACGAGGAAGAGGAAAUCGAAGACGAAUAUGAA